AUGGUCGUCGGACUGACCCCCUCAGAGGUGCCACCCACCACGGCAGUGAAGUUCUUGGGGGCGGGCACAGCCGCCUGCUUUGCUGACCUCCUCACCUUCCCACUGGACACAGCCAAGGUCCGCCUGCAGAUCCAGGGGGAGAACCCGGCGGCCGGGAGCGCACAGUACCGCGGCGUGCUGGGCACUAUCCUGACCAUGGUGCGCACCGAGGGCCCCCGCAGCCCCUACAACGGGCUGGUGGCGGGCCUGCAGCGCCAGAUGAGCUUCGCCUCCAUCCGCAUCGGCCUCUACGACUCGGUCAAGCAGUUCUACACCCCCAAAGGAUCGGACCACUGCAGCAUCACCACUCGCAUUCUGGCCGGCUGCACCACGGGCGCCAUGGCCGUCACCUGCGCCCAGCCCACCGACGUGGUGAAGGUGCGAUUCCAGGCCAGCGUGCAGCAGGGGCCUGGAAGCCCUCGGAAGUACAGUGGAACCAUGGACGCCUACAGAACCAUCGCCCAGGAGGAGGGGUUCAGGGGGCUAUGGAAAGGUACUAUGCCCAACAUCACGAGGAAUGCCAUUGUCAAUUGUGCGGAGAUGGUGACCUACGACAUCAUCAAGGAGAAGCUAUUAGAGUAUAAUCUGCUCACUGACAACUUCCCCUGUCACUUUGUCUCUGCCUUUGGAGCCGGCUUCUGUGCCACUGUGGUGGCGUCUCCAGUGGAUGUAGUAAAGACCCGGUAUAUGAACUCACCCCCAGACCGGUAUCGCAGCCCCUUGGACUGUAUGAUAAAGAUGGUGACCCAGGAGGGUCCCACAGCCUUCUAUAAGGGAUUCACACCCUCCUUUUUGCGUUUGGGAGCCUGGAAUGUGGUGAUGUUUGUCACCUUCGAGCAGCUAAAACGGGCCCUGAUGAAAGUCCAGAUUUUACGGGAAUCUCCGUUUUGA